CGGAGGCUCGGGAGUCGGGACUCUGUAAUCUUAGUCCGCCGUCUCAGUCUGCGCUUUGCUCUGUGCAGGUCUUGACAAGCCUUGGAUUUCGCAGACUUCCAGAAAGUUGACGUUGGAAAGAAGCAGGACUCAAGGAGUCCGACGCAGCUGGGCAUCAGCUCUUCUAGAAGCCAACCUACCGCCUUCAAGAGGCUCUCCUUUCAACAGCGUGGUGGGGACCUAGGUCCUAGGCCCAGGGCGAGGUUGGCAGUCGGUUUAUGGGAGGGUACUUAGCGAGGAGCGACGGUUCGAUGAGCUAUAGCAGUGCCCCGGACCCUCUGGUUGAUCGUCGAGGGGUGUCCUUGAAGACCGCUUGAGCUCUAGAUUUCACCAGGCAGGUGUUUGAGUUGGGGAUAGAAGGCCUUCAAAAAGUCCACAGGAGAGAUUUGAAGGUGGUCUGCAAACAUCUGGAGCGUGUGAUCCUCAGCAGAAGUUCACAAUGGCGGAAGGGACUAUUCAAAGAAGACUGUCAAUACCCCCUGGAGGAGAUCAGAGCAUUAACCUUUUCGAUUGGAGUGAAAGUUCGGGACCUCCAACCCCAGACACUAUCACCGGGGUCAGACGGGGAAGAGGAACCUCUCCAGGGAGUGGAAGCAAGAUUGUCUUCGGGGACGAGAAGCCAAUUGAGCAUGAGACGAUUCCCACGAGACCUGGUUCUGCACAGAAGCACAAAGAGCUCUCAGGCAGUGGCAUCUUCGACAAGGGCCCCCACUCUGAAUCUUCAAACGCAUUUGCCAACAACAAUGAUCAGAAUAAUGGCAACUACAUCACAGACAGGCCAAGCACUCGUGUUCAACAGCCUGCCGGGGGAAUCAGCCAGAUCUCCCUUGGUGGUGGCUACGAUACCACCCCUGAGAAGGUUCCGGCUCACAAGUUGGCUAAGUUCGCCGAAAUCCGAGGCAACAUGGAGGAAGAGCUGCAAAAAGGCAGUCCUGGCGAGUAUCUGGGGCGGCCCUCAAGCGAGAAGAAGAAGGAGCUGCUGGACUCCAAGGUGUUUGGGCCGGCCCCCCCCUUCCGGCCGUCGAUACAGCCACUUGCUCAGGCACAUGCCGGGGAGAACGACCACAUCUUCAAGAUCUGGAGGGACGAGGAGAAGCCUUCUGAGACCCAGACUCAGGGACCUGCGGUAGGAGGGACAAGCCAGGUUGCUUUUGGUGACGAUGGUCCUGUUGAAGCGGUGGCCAAGAAGUUGCACGAUUCGAAGCUGGCAGAACUCAGUGGCAACAAUAUCUUCGACGAUGGCCGCAGUCCUGGUCCUUCAAUUAUGCUCAGCGAUCCGAAGCGCAAGGAGCUAGGUGGCAACGACAUUUUCUGUGACGCAGUACCGCCAAAGCGAGACCUGAUGGGUGCCAAGAAUCCACCAGGGGGGCCCAGCACGAUCUCUCUCGUCUAGCUUACGGUCGUUCGUGCUUGAGAACAUUCAGUUUGGCUAGCGACUCGAGCAUGCGCUUGUUUUCCAGAUGAAUCCAGACCAUGGGUGUUGAAAUGUCGAAAGCUUUGGAUAAUGGGAAGAUAGAUAUCCCAAUUAGGAAAGAUUAUUAUUGAUUAACUUUUGUGUAGCGUCCCUUCAAUAGAAGUCGUUUCCUGUUGGAGUAGAACGUGACCGUCUACAUUAGCAAAUUUACCUCAUUCGUAUUGUUGUGGAUGAGUCACACCCAUUGACCUCUUGCAACAACAUUGUUGAGCAAGCGAUUCGUCAUUUCUGAUAGGGCAAGUCUACGUGCGGUGCAUCAGCAGCCUGCCAGCCGUUGCAAGAAAGUUGGCCAGUUGUAGGUGAAUCAGGACGCCAUCGAAUUGGACCGGAAGCAACAGUAAAUUCAUACUGAUUGCAAAGUGCAUGAUCAAAACCUGAUCGAUCAACCACCAAUCGCUUGUAAGGAUG